AUGCGUGCUUGGAGUUUCUUAGCGGCUUUAUGCUGCUUGUCAGGCGGCGUACUCUGCCUCACCGAUGGAGCGCCCAAAAUGGACGUCGUGAAGCAGUGGAACCUGCUGAACUUUAACUUCCCCUGGGACUAUCCGGCCAGCAACAAGCAGUUUUUCAACCCGGAAAACGUUGUAGUCACCGGUUUGGAGGUUGGCUACGACCGGAUCUUCCUCGCCACGCCACGACUCUUCUCGGGCGUUCCGGCCACGGUAUCAAGCAUUCCGCGUGGAACGAACGGAGACUCACCGGUGCUGCAGGCGUACCCCGACUGGACGCAUCACCGUGCGGCCACGAAGGAGUACAACUGCUCCGACAUUGGUCUGGUGUCGGUGUAUCGGUUGCGCAUCGAUUCGUGCAAUCGGUUGUGGGCGCUUGAUGCCGGAGUUUCCCGCUCGCUGGAGGACUACGAGAUAACUUGCCCGCCCAAGAUCUUGGUGUACGAUCUGCACACGGAUCAGGUGGUGCGCCGUAUCGACUUCCCGCCGGAGGUGGUCCGAGGGGAGUCACUGUUUACCAACCUGAUCGUGGACGAGACGGGCUCGCGGCCGGAGAACAACUGCGACGACGUGUUCGUCUAUAUCUCGGACACGGUUGCGCCGGGAAUCGUUGUGUACGACAGUGGGAAGGAUCUGACGUGGCGCGUUAGCCAUCCGGCGAUGUAUCCUGAUCCGGACUUUGCUGAGUCUUCUAUCCUCGAGCAUCGCUUUACGUUGAUGGAUGGCAUUGUUGGGCUGGCGUUCGAUAUGGAAGCUGGAAUCGUUUACUUCCAACCUCUUGCUACCGAUCGUAUUUUCUCCGUUACAACUACAGCACUUCGGGCUGGACCGUUGCCAUUCGGAAAGGAACUCGCCGUUAAGCUGGUUGGUCGCAAAUCCUCGCAAGGAAUUGGUCUCGCUGUAUCCCCACGCGGUGGUACGCUAUUCUACGCGCCCCUCUCGGAGACUGCUAUUGCGUCCUGGAAUCCACGAACGAACGAGCAUCGGAUUCUUGCGCACGAUCAAGAUAAGAUCCAGUUUGCUGCCGAUCUUCGUACUCCGGAUCGCGACGGAACGGCGCUGUACGUGCUGACGUCCAAGUUCCAUCGGUUCUUCUUGAGAAACCUCGACGCCAACGAGUUCAACACUCGCAUCCUGCGCAUCGACGGAGUCGUCAACCCGAGCGGACAGUUGGCGACCCAGAGCCAUCUGCGACCAACAGUGCCCUACGAAACGCUCACCGGCAACGCAUACUACCAUCCAUCGGUGGUAAUCCCAGUCCCAUACAAACCGCUACCACCGGGACAAAGCAUGGCAUUGCCUCCGCCAGCCUCAACCUCCACACCGAUCGGUUUGUUCAACUCCCAGAACAUCCCGUUCGGUCAGAAUCCUCUCGCCAAGAACCCACUCGAUAAACCGAAACCCUCAUAUCCCUUCUUUUCGCUCAACAACGGUGAGAAAAACUUCCCACCUUCCCGACCCUCUUACGGAUCGGUGGGGUUCGUGCCGAAAAUAAAUCUCAACUUCAACGAUAACAAUCUGUUGCGGUAUCGAAAAAGUUUGCCAGUGAACCAAACGAUCCUUCACUGA